AACCCCUUAAAAUGUGCACUCCACUGACCACUCUCUCUCUAACACAGCUCAAUACCCUUCUCUUUAGAUCCUAAUCUUCGAACAACAGUUUCUUUCUGAGAAUCCAUCAUAGAUUGUUCAAGCAAUAUCAGAUUUUGAGGAAUUAAUGGCGAAAAAAGUUAAGAAGAAAGCCCGAAGUGGUCAAACAGAGAAGCGAGUUUCUACCCUUUCUCAGAAAACUGAAACUGUCACCCAGCAUAGCAUUCCAAGCACUGAUAAUGGACUUUCAGUCAUAAAAGAGAGGAAAGUGUGUUCCCAUCUUGAUAAGGAUAUUGAUUUAGCUAAAUUUUCUUCAAGAAUAAGGUCUAUAGGACAUAUUAGGUGUGAAGAUUGCAGAGGUGUGGUUGAUAGGUGGGCAAGUAAGGGAAGGGGCAAGCAGGUGAAGAAGAAAGUGGGAGGUUCUGUGGACAAGAAACCUGAGUCUAAAGCAAUUUGGGUUUGUUUCGAAUGCGGUCAUCUUUCAUGUGGGGGGAUUGGAUUCCCAACAACCCCUCAAACCCAUGCAGUUCCGCAUGCCAGGCAAACUCGUCAUCCAUUGGCUAUCCAAUUUGAAAACCUUCAACUAUGCUGGUGCUUCCCUUGUGAUACACUUAUUCCAGUUGAAAAAUUGGAGGAAAGUGGUGAAGAGAAAGAUCCGCUGUCAGAUAUUGUGAAAUUGAUAAAGGGGCAAUCAUUUCAAGGGGCCUCAGUGGAUGUUGAGGAUGUUUAUUUUGGGAGUGGCAGUGUUAUAAGUGAGAUAAAAUCAGAAAACAUCAUUGUAAGUAGUUUGGAUGGAAAAAGUGGUUAUGUGAUCAAAGGCUUGGUUAAUCUUGGUCAUACUUGCUUCUUUAAUUCAAUCAUGUAGAAUCUCUUAGCAAUGGAGAGAUUACGGAAUCACUUCUUGGAAUUGGAUGAGUCUGUAGGUCCUCUUACCAUUUCUUGAAAGAAGCUCUUUAUUGAAACUAGUCCAAAGGCUGGCUUGGGAAAUGUGAUAAAUCCAAAAUUCUUUUUCGGGUGUGUUUGUGCCAAGGCUUCCCAAUUUAGGGGGCAUCAACAGCAUGACAGUCAUGAGUUGCUUCAUUGUUUACUCGAUGGGUUGUGUACUGAAGAGUUGAGUGCAAGAAAACAGACUAAUUCUCUGGAAAAUGGGAUUCCCUCAAAUCUGGGUCCUACUUUUAUUGAUAGCAUCUUUGGGGGCCAACUAUCCAGUACUGUUUCUUGUUUGGAAUGUGGGCACUCCUCAACAGUGUUUGAGCCAUUUCUGGAUCUCUCACUUCCAGUUCCAACUAAGAAACCCCCAUGUAAAAGGGCCCAACCUAUUUCUCAAGCCAAGAAACCAAAGCUGCCUCCAAAACGAUGUGGAAGGAUUCGUCCAAAGCUUAAUAGGGAUGCAGAUUCUGUAGCAUCUGACAGUGUUUCAGUUCCGUCAGCUAGUGGUUCAUCUUCUUGCCUAGUAGAAUCUACUGUGCCUGUCAAAGAAAAAGUAGAGAUGCUUUGGUCGAUUCUACACUGUUUGAAUCUGUUGGCCCUGGUACAGUUGCAGAUGAAAAGAGUUCAGUUUCAUCAAAUCUCGACUGCUAAAGAGUUUGAAAAGAAUACAUUCCUCAAGAAUGUCAUGGAUAAAACAGAGGCUUCAGUUGACAAUUUAGCAUGGUUGGAUUACCUGGAACCAGAUCCUGUGUCAAAUGACGAUGAUACGGAUUUAAAACCUAAUGAUAUUGCAGUAAUUUAUGAUUCAGGAAAACAAUAUGGUGUUGAAAACGAUGCCUUGUUACAGGAUGGCAUAGAAUCUAGCAGGCAGAUCCAUUCUCUUUGUAUAGUAGAAAGAGCAGGUUCAUUGGACAAUUUGACAUGGUUGGAUUACCUUGAACCCGAUACAUUAUCAGAUGAUCAUGUUAUGGCUGCCAAAGUUAACGAUGGAUUAGUAGUCCAAGAUUCUGGAGGCAAAGAUGGUUUAGGGAAUUCUUUUGAAAAUGACCUUCCAUUACAGGUCCAAGAUUCUGAAGUUCUGUUGCUUCCUCAUAAAGAAGAAACUUCAACUAGUGGUGAGAUAUUGAGAGAAGGUGAGGUCUCAUCGUCAGCUGCUGGCUGUGAACCAGAUGCGUUGGACUUUGAUGGCUUUGGAGACUUAUUUAAUGAGCCAGAAAUUGAUGCAGGGCCCAAUGUAAAACCCUUGUCAGUGAGUAAUUUUCCGGCAAAUGAAAUUGCAGAAACUGGUUUCUUAGAUGGAAAUAGCAGUGAGUCUGAUCCAGAUGAAGUCGAUAAUAGUGAUUCUCCAAUGUCCGUAGAGUUCUGUUUGGUGUAUUUCACGAAGCCAGAGCUUCUCUCCAUUAAACAUGCUUGGCAUUGUGAAAACUGUUCAAAAGUUCUUUGUGAGCGAAGGAUGAAAUCAAGGAAAAAGCGGCAGAAAGCUACAUCCAAGAUUCAGGUAAGUGGGGUUGAGGAUAGUAUUCAAAGUGCUCCAUCAAGUGCAACAAA